ACUAACACAGAGUUUUUAAUACAGUGGUGUGAAUUGCUUCCUUUUCACCUUGCUUCUAAUAAAUGCUGCUUAUUUUCUGAUGAUGUCUUCAGCCUGGCUUCUCUUUCUCUUUCUGCAGACAAUAUACGCCGCUGAAGCUGUGGUACACUAUGAGCCAUCGUUGAUCUCAGUGAGCUCUGGAUCGAGUGUAACUCUGCAGUGCAGACUUGAUCAGAGGACCAGUUACAGUGCUAAGUCUUGGUACAUGCAGAAACUAGGACAGGAACCAAAGGAACUGGUAAUCCAGUUAGCUAAUAAAACGGAACCCAUAUACAGCACAGGUUCAAACAGACUAAACAUGAACGGCAAUUUUCUGACUAUUAAAAAGGCUAGUAAGGAUGAUGAAGGAAUCUACUUCUGUGGAGGGACUAAAAUGAACAAUGUAGUGUUUUCAUCUGGCAUGUUCUUAACAGUGACAGGUCACCCUCAGUUCAGCAUCUCAGUUCUCCAAACUCCAGCAUCAGGAUUGGUUCCUCCAGGAGAAGCAGUGAGUCUGCAGUGUACUGUUACUCCUAAUGUCCCAGUAGCAGAACUGAGAGUGUCCUGGAUCAGAUCUGCUGCAGGAUCAUCCUUUCCUGAAAUUAUCUUCACUCAUUACAACAGCAGCAGCAGCAGCCGUCAGUGUGAGAUCAGCUCCUCUAAAGAUAACUGUUUCCACACUUUCUCCAAGAUCGUCCUCAACAAUGAGAACAACUCUGGGACGUACUACUGUGCUGUGGUGACCAGCAAUGAGAUUGUCUUUAGCGCUGGGGCGAACAUUAGAUUUUAG